AUGCAGCUUCUCGGCAUCGCAGGUCUUCUUGCGCUCCCCGUCCUCGGAGGGGCGCACACAUUCGUCACACGACAGGCUCAGGAGACUCCCGACGAGACCAACAACGCCACCGUCCCCGUUGCCAAGAGCUACAUCAUCGAGUACACAUCGGGCUCUGCCAAAGCCCGUCGCGAUGUCGCACUGGCCGCCGACAUCAAGGUCGUCAAGACCUUUGAGAGCGAUGUCUUCUCGGGCGCGAGCAUCGAGACUGAUACCCACAACAUCGACAGCCUGCAGAGCCUGGCCGGUGUCGCUCGCGUCUGGCAAAACACCCGCGUCGCCUUGUCUCCCGUCGAGGGUCUCCAGGCAAUCGAGGAGGCUGCGGCGGGGGACUACACCGCGCACAACACCACCGGUGUCAGCAAGCUUCAUGACAAGGGUAUUUUCGGCCAGGGUGUAAAGGUCGGCGUCGUGGACUCCGGGACGUGGUACAAACAUCCGGCACUUGGAGGCGGUUUUGGCGAGGGCUUCAAAGUUGCCGGCGGAUAUGACUUUGUUGGCAACGGCAUCUGGCCCUACGAGGACAAGUCCCCGGAUGACGAUCCAGAAGACCAGCUGGGUCAUGGAACUCAUGUUGCUGGUAUCAUUGCAGGGAAGAAUGACUUCUGGAGCGGAGUGGCUCCCGAAGCCUCGAUUUACUCCUACAAGGUCUUUGCUCAGCUCGAUGCGACGGAUGACGCUACUCUUAUCGAGGCUUUCCUCAGAGCCUACACCGAUGGUGUUGACAUCAUCACAGCCAGCAUCGGCGGACCCAGCGGAUGGUCUUCCAACGCCUGGGCCGAAGUUGCAUCUCGUCUGGUCGACGAAGGCGUCAUUGUCACCAUUGCAAACGGUAACUCAGGAGCUGCUGGAGCGUUCUUCGGGAGCAGCGGUUCCUCGGGCAAAAACGUUCUCGCCGUUGCUUCGGUCGAGACGGAGAAGUUCCCUGCGUCGCCCUUUGAGCUGACAUCCACCCUGAACGGAGAGAGCAAGACAGUCAAGGCCGGCUAUCUGCCGUCAACGUACUACUUCUCGUCCGACAUCACCGACUGGCCCGUGGUUCCCUUGAACUUCGACACUACCGCACCUGCAGACGGCUGCGAGCCGUACCCCAACGGCACACGCCGACUUGAGGGGGUCAUACCCUUGGUUCGCCGAGGAACCUGCACGUUCGCCACCAAGCAGGCGAAUCUUGUCGCUCUCGGCGCCGAGUACAUCCUCUUCUACAACAACGACGGCCCUCUCAUCACUCCAGGAACAACCGACGACGUUGGUCUCAUCGCCAUCAUCACCGCUGCCGCGGGCGAGGCCAUCAUCGAAACUGUCAAGGCUGGCGGUAACGUCACUGCGGACUUCUCGCUCAACCCCGAACAGGUGGUCGGACUGGAGUAUCCCGCUGGUGGACGGCCCAACACGUUUACUUCCUGGGGGGCGUCCAACGAUCUGGAUAUCAAGCCCGACAUUGCAGCGCCUGGUGGUCAGAUCUUCAGCACAUACCUCGACAACACUUAUGCUCUCCUUUCGGGCACCUCCAUGGCCACGCCAUAUGUCGCGGGUGUCGCGGCUCUCUACAUCAGCGCUCACGGCGGACGUUCCGUGCAUGGCAAGGGUUUCGCCAAGGCACUUCACCAAAAGAUCAUCGCCAGCGGGACCUCGCUCCCCUGGUCUGACGGCACGGCCACCGACUAUGGGUUCUCCGCCUCAGUGGCCCAAGUCGGGAAUGGCCUCGUCAACGCGUUCAAGGUCGUUAACUACACCACCGACCUCGCGUUCAACAAGAUUGCCCUCAACGACACCCACUACUUCAGCCGCUACCACGACGUGACCGUGACUAACAAGGGCGCAAACGACGUGAGCUACAAGUUCUCGUACGAGGCCGCCGCCGGCGUCGAGAUCCUCGGCUGGUUCCCCUUUGUCGAGCCCUGGGGGGGAGAGAAGAGACUCAAGAGCUUCACCGAGUUGACGCCCAAAAGUCUACCGGUGCAGGUGUCUGUUCCGCGAGAUUUUACCCUGAAGCCUGGCGAGAGCAAGACCGUGAGCGUCAACUUCCCCAAUCCCGAUAGCCUGGGAUGGAACUCGUCUGCUUUGCCAAUUUACAGCGGAAAAGUCAUUGUUUCGGGCAACAACGGCGAGCAGCUCUCUGUCCCUUAUCUAGGACUCGGGGCGAAUCUGAAAGCUGAGAUCAGCCCCAUCUACCGCCCAAGCUACCCUUUCACCACUCAGAGAGACUACGUCUACUCGUUCAACUUGGACCGUUUCGGGCCCCAGGACUUCCCUAUCAUCUAUUCCAAGCUCAUUUGGGGAACCAAAGAGGUUCGAUGGGAUAUCUACGAGGCCGGCUGGACUGAGAGGCGAUGGGAGUAUCCCCCGGUCCCCGGCCGGAACGGAUACAUCGGCCCCGCGACCAGCCACGUCGUUGCGGGCAGCGUUUCGUACUUCGACCCCAACGUCUACGACCCGGACGACACCUGGACCUACCCCAAGAUCGAUCUGUACCGCAACGCCCAGACCCAGGCCUCGUACCACGAGUUCUGGUGGUUCGGCAAGCUGGGCAACGGGAGCCAGAUUGAGCUCGGAAACUACACCAUGCGUUUUGCCACGCUCAAACCUUUUGGAAACCCCAAAGCUGCCGACAACUGGGAUGUCUUCCAGACGCCCCAGAUUCAAGUCACUGGCAAGUACGAAAGACGAGGAUAA